CGUGAAUUUUACUGGCUGUUUCUGUGUGGCAUUCAGAUGGUGAUGAGCGAGGUUUACGGCAGAUAGAGGAAGCCAUUGGUCUCUUUGCACAUCUGUCUAGCAGGAGGACCCGUCUUCUUUUCGUUGGUACGGAAGCCGAGAGGGGUCUGGUUGGUUACGCGGCGGCGGUGGGUCUCCACCCGAGAGUAUGGCGGCCAGGAUUGUAUUGGUGAGGGCAUAAGAACGGGGAGAAAUGAAAGAGAUGGUGAAAAAGAAACAAAGGCAUGAAACUUGUAUUAUUAACUCUUAAAAUUUCUUUAUCAAUAUUUGUUCAUAUAAAACACGCCAGUCUUCAUGCGGAGUCCGUCAUCAGAGACCGUCUUCUUUUUUCUCGUACAGAAGGCUAUGGCUGGGGCAAGUUUUGUUUUUUAUGAUGCAUAGAAUGGUGAGCUAAGCAGAUGAAAAACCACACGUUGAACUUUGUCAAGCGUUUUGAUUCACAUUUUUAAAUUGCAAUUGUUUGGAUGCACAUAGUCAAUGUCUGGUGUGCCUGGGGGAAUUUCUACAAUGAAAUCCAUCUUCGGGCAGCGAGUCUUUGUGCUCUGCUUUUUAUUUGCCUUUGCUGGGCGGUGGUAAGCCAGGCUGUAUUUUUGAUAUCAGUACAAAAUGGAACACGAAUAAAUGCCAUUUGCGUGGGGAUAUUCUAUUCUAUGUCUCGCGGGGAGUGAUACCUUUCGACGUUCUCUUGAAAUCAUCAACUAACAAGGGAGCAAUGCGCGAGUACAAAGUGGUGGUCCUUGGCAGCGGUGGGGUCGGGAAAUCCGCCCUCACUGUUCAGUUUGUCACUGGGACGUUUAUUGAGAAGUACGACCCGACCAUAGAGGAUUUUUACCGCAAAGAAAUCGAGGUGGAUUCCUCGCCCUCUGUUCUGGAGAUUCUUGACACUGCCGGCACCGAACAAUUCGCAUCCAUGCGGGACCUUUACAUAAAAAAUGGCCAAGGUUUCAUACUGGUGUACAGCCUUGUCAACCAGCAGAGCUUCCAAGACAUAAAACCAAUGAGGGACCAGAUCAUCAGAGUGAAACGGUACGAGAAGGUCCCGGUAAUUCUGGUGGGGAACAAGGUGGACCUGGAGAGUGAGAGGGAAGUGUCUGCCAGUGAGGGUCAGGCUCUGGCUGAGGAGUGGGGCUGUCCCUUCAUGGAGACCUCGGCCAAGAGCAAAACCAUGGUGGAUGAACUGUUCGCCGAGAUCGUUCGGCAGAUGGACUACGCCGCCCAGCCAGACAAAGAUGACCCAUGCUGCUCUUCCUGCAAUAUACAAUAGUCCCAGGGGCUUGGGAGGGGCCAGACGGACAGAGGUCUGCCUAGAGGAAGAUACGCAGAGAAGAAUACAAUACUCACAACAUGGACUAUUAAAAAACUUGUGGUAGAACUGUGGUGGAUUUUAAAUAUUUGGUGCAUAAAAUCAGUCAUGACGUAAUUAAUAAUAAUGAUAUGUUAAUAAUUAAUAGAACGGAAUGAAGAAUGCAAGGGGUUUGCUCCAAGAAACAUUGACAAACUGGACUAAAGAAACGUGCACUCGCCUUAUGUUAUACCGUCUUCUCUGGCGGAGAAAAAGAUUUAUCGAUUCAUUGUGCGGAAUUACUGAACAUGUUUUGUAGUCUUUAUGUUCUGCGAUAGACUUCGGUAAUAUGUUUCUAUUACAUUGUUUUGGUUAUGUUGGUAUGCCCCAGUUUUUCUCCAAGCACAUAAAUCUGGAGCUUUCGUUCUCCAUUUUAACUCAUCAUGACAGAGCAGAGAAAAAAAUAUAGCGGCUGCAUAGACUUAAGGGGGGGACUAGUAAUCCCUCCAUUCCACUUGCUUGAAACAUUGAUGAGUAAUUGAUUUGCGUAGUUGGUUUUUCUGUGCAAGAAAAGAGAGGGCCUAACUACAUCCAAAUGGAUGUUGUUUGGAACUCCUCGCUAGGGCAGAACCAAAAAGGCGCCUUUUAAGCGCCUCCGUUUUCUUUUCCCAUUUUUGUCUCCUGUGUUAUUUGUUUCGAGGACGGGGAAGCAAAUGGAGGAAAAGUCAGUGUCAUUCUUGAAAUGUCGACGCAACAGUGUUGCCUUCUAGCUCCUAUGUUCUCCUGUUGGAGAUGUUUGAAUAAGCGAUGCAGAGGUGUCUGUCACAUCAUGUGAUUUGUUUUGCUUUCAGAUGGUCCUGACAACAGAUUGUGUAACACGGUAACCAUUUCAUUUGGAUGGGUCUUGGAGGAUUUCGUCAUUCAGUAUUUGAAUAUCUUUACCGACUCUCUAGGAACUCUCUUCUUUUCAGGAAUGGGUGGCAUUUAGAAUGAAGGUGCCCUCACUCAUCAUCCUUUCAAUUUUCUUUGCUUUUGAGUGGGUAUCACAACAAAGUGGGGUGCAACAUUUUAUCAACAUCCCACUCUUCAUGUAUUCAGAGUACUCAAAUUCAUAGUAAUAAUAGUAAUGAUGAUGACGAUGAAUAACAAUUAAAAUUAACGGUAGUGUAAAUAUUUUCUAUGGAAAGGGCCAGCUCCUAUGAAGACACUAACUCAACACGUGGAAUUGUCAACUGUAUGCAUGGCUAGUCAAAAAAAAAAAAAAAGGACUUUAUCGUUUGAGAUCAUUAUAGGCUGUGGAAACGUGCAAACCAAACACAUACACGUCUGGGUCUGGACACUGUCUCAACUGUGCAUCGUUGUUGCCACGGGGAGCCAGACCUUCCCUGGGUUGCCAUUUUCAUUGUUCAUUUUAUAUUUUUUUAUGUGACCAUUUACUCUUUCUCCCUCCCUAAAUGAAUGGUGACACUUUUAUUUGGCACCCAAACAAUAAAAGUGCGUUUAACACAAUACAUCUAGCGUGAGUGUCACUUUCUCUCACAGUGACAGACUCCACAGCAUCGACAGGUUUUCUUAAGAUUGUGCUGGGAGAAAGAAAUCUAUUUGGGAAAAAAAUCACAUAUGUUUUACUGCCAAAUGCAGUUCGAAAUAACAAAGUGAACACACAGUGACUUUUGGAAUUACAAGAACCCAUCAUUGAUUGCUCCAGCAAGUCACACAGCUUGCAAAAUCCAAUUUUCUUCUUUGUUUAUUUCUGGGGGUGCUUUUGUUUUCCUUGAUAACAUUAUAUAUACAUAUAUAUAUAUAUAUAUAUAAUUCUUUUUGGGGGGGUGGGGCUCAAAUACACGCUCCUGGCCCUCUGGGUUCAAAUGCUAUUUCAUAUAAAUCAAUUACUUUCCCUGGUGUUAACAAAGCCCUAAUGACAAGUGUUCUCUAUUCUACUUUACAUAACUCUCUAAAGAUAAACACUUUUUUUCUCAAAAGGUGAGCUACAAAAUUUUCACAAUUUCUUCCCCCAAUAAAAAACCUCUGCACCACUAA